AUGCGUAUUCGCCUACAGCCUCGAAGAAGACCACAAGGUAAGCGGCCCCCAGGUAAACUGAAUAUUGCCUUGUUGUCUUUGGCCACUCACCAUCCUCAUUUCAGCAAUGAGCUAGCUCAACGGCUAGACAACCUUCCAAUCGCUGCCGCCGCCGACGCCGCCGCCGUCACUGCCGUGAACGCCUCCGUGGAGAACCGAUGGUGUCAACUGCGAGACACGGUCCAAACGACGGCGCUAGCCGUCCUCGGUUGCGCACGCCGCCAACAUCAGGACUGGUUCGACGACAGCGACGCCGCCAUCAGCAAUCUGCUAGCCGAGCAGAACCGCCUACACAAAGCCUACGUAGACCACCUCACUGAUGACAACAAAGCUGCCUUCUACCGCAGUCGCCGCAACCUUCAGCAACGGCUGAGCGAGAUGUAGGACGCCUGGACUGCUAGCAAAGCUGAGGAGAUCCAAGGAUGCGCGGGCUGCAACGAGUGGAAGUACUUCUUCACCGCGAUCAAAGCUGUCUACGGUCCGCCGACGAAGGGCACUGCUCCUCUCCUCAGCGUUGACGGUCGUAUUCUCCUGACCGAGAAAACGCGAAUUCUACAGCGAUGGGCCGAGCAUUUCCGAGGCAUCCUCAAACGCCCCUCCGCCAUCUCCGAAGCAGCUAUCGCCCGCUUGCCGCAAGUGGAGACCAACAUGGACCUCGACCUUCCGCCAUCUCUCCAGGAAACGAUCAGGGCCGUGCAGCAACUCCAGCGGGAAAGCACCCGGAUCGGACGCGAUCCCUGCUGA